AUGCGGUUCGAGUUCACGGGCGCACCACCAGCGCUGCUGUCCGCUCCAGGCGAGACAUCUCCUUUCACUAGCUUCUCGGCGGCCACUUCCUCGCGCGUGACAUCCAGUCCUUCCACGCCAACCACAUCGUCUCAGCCCGCGGCGUUUGGCAAGAGCAGCGUUCUCGGCAAAUCAAUCCAGUUUCCGGUCUCCGCACAACCCACCGCCAACCCGCCGCCCGCCACCUCGAGUGCUUCCACGUCGAUCACGUCAGGACCGGUAGUCGGAUUUGGCAAGAACAGAGUUUGGGGCAAAACGGUUCAGUUUCCAGUCGCCGCACCACGCGGUGAAGUGCAGGAUGAUGCGGCACAAGGCCUCCUCAUCAGAGCUCUUCGGCGCUUUGGGAAGUCGAAAGCCUCGCCUUUCGCUGCGAAGGACGCUGCGGCAGACAUAGCGCUGAAGGGACAUCUCAAGAGCAGCACACAAGCUUGGGUGUUGGAGCGGAGUCUUCGCAACGCAGAUCCAGAAGUCCUUGCAUUUAUUGAGUCGGUCUUCGGCGGACUUGUCGACAGGGAUGCACCAGAUGCUCCUUCACCCACCCCAAGUGCCGACACGGAACCAGAUGCAACAGGCGCAGCAGACGCAGCGGAUGCAACAGAUGAUGAGGAAGACAUUGACGAGAGGAUCAAGAAUUUCCGCGCCAUGGACUACAAGAUUCCUCGCUCUCACCCACGCAUCCAGCAUUACGGCGACACCCUCAAAUGGAAGCUGCUGGAUGACGGUUUCAUACAUUACGAGCAAGGCGCUUACGUGCUGGCGAAAAUCAUCAUUGGCAAGAUGUAUGCUCGCACAUCUCCUUCUGACCUGGACGAAACCAUAAGGGACACGCUGAGCUGGUCGACACUGUACAACAUCACUGAACUCACAAACAGCGUACUCAGAGCUUUUCGCAACAUCGAUGAUCAGUUUCGCCGCGGCGAGUUGGACUCCAUGGAAGCUGCAGAAGCAGACCACUAUGACGGCGAAGAGUGCAUGGACGAGUGCGACGAUACGGCAGAUGGGCAGAACACAGAUCUGCUCAUAUACGAAGACUUGACCGGUGAAGAAGAGACUUACUUUCGCUUCAUGGAUCUACCUGCCGAGCUCCGUAAUCGAGUCUACGUCGAAUUGCUCGCACCAACUGGUUUCAUCCUUCUUUCACGUCUGGAAACCCCUAGCGGAUGCAAACCCUCAAGGGAACGCCUCGUUGAGUCCGGAAGCGAGCUCGAGAUUCUUCAAGUAUCCAAGGACAUCUACAAAGAAGCCAAGAGUAUACUCUAUCGCGAGAACACAGUCUGUGUGGCUGCUGCAAUUGAGGUCUCGACUUAUCCAUGUAUCGACACGCAACUCCUUCCCAACAGCAAGUUACCCCUCUUGGCAUCAGUGACCCUGGUCGUGGACUUCCGCGCUGAUGGCGAACAAAACAAUGCCUGGAUCGAUCGCGUGCAUUGGCAGCAGCUGCAAAAGUUGACGACUCUCAAGCAUCUUCGUAUCUGCUUUGUCGAGUCGGCGCGCCUGCAGGACGUCAACCCCCACAAGAAGCUCAUGCUGAAAAACAUUCUCGAACGCAUCCCUGCCGAGUGUCAGCUCACAUUCGAGUCCAAGGAAAUCCCCGAAAUCGAUUUUGUGCAGGAAGUCCUCGAAGACCAUGAAGGUGUUGCAACGGAACGUCAUAGAAGUUGGUCGGAGGACCCAUAUGAGGUCGCUGGAAGUGUCUUGGAGCAGUUGGUCGACGAAAUCAAGAGCGCGGAGGGUUUCCAGAUGGGCUGCAAGAGUGGACAUGAGCGAGACUAUCGGUUCCCACCCAAGCCCGUCAUGAGGACUCUGCAGCAGCUAAUCGCGGAGGGUGCGGUGGAUCCGAAGAUCGUGCUGGGAGGCGGUACUUGA